ACAACAACGAAAACCGAACGAAUUCAUCUAUCCAUUGAAGGCCACGUACAGAGUUUGGCUGUGAAAAAAAAUCAAGUAAAAUCAUGCCACUGAAAGUUAUAAGAGUUCGGCUAUGAAUAAUUGUAAACAAUUCUUUACUAUUCAAUCUCCUGAAAUCGACGUAAAAAAGGAUUAGAAAUUUCAACCGGUCUGUAGGCUCGCUGUAAAAACGGAAAUGGACGUUUCAGGUGUCAAUGAGGGUUACUAUGUUCAUGCACCAAGCUAUUCACAACAACACGAGGAAGUUCUGUCAAGUGUGACGUCGCCAAACUUUGCAGGCAUUGGAAUGCAGCCGAGUGGGGAGCAUCCGGCGCAUUCACAGUCGAACCAGCAACUUCAGCAACUGGGGAUGUCCAAUUCACAUUUGAAAAACCAACUCGCUCAAACGCCUGAAAUUGUACCAGUAUCCAUUCAGGCUAUAGAGAGUAACAAUAGACAAAAACAGCAAAUCAUGCCACCGACACCGCCAGGCGAGACACCGUCUGCUGAUGAGAAAGAUAUUGAUGAAGACAGGAGACGGAUUCUAUUAAACAUGAUUCCCCCUAACUCUAUGUCGUCUGGUCAAACACCAGGUCCUUUAGUCACUUCUUUAACUUCGAUGCAUCACCAAUACAGCAACCCCAUGAACAUGCCGGGUCCACCAAACGUAAAUGCACCGCAAAUGAUGAUGAUGCAGUCAACGCAGAACUCACAAGCUAACUUUCAGAUGCCCCAUCCUCAAACGUCAACGUUUUCUUUUUCUCCGCACAUGGUUAACAUGCCAGAAGAACAAAACCACAUCAAUGAUAAUCUAGAGGAUGAGAUAUUAGAAGUAGAGGAAUCUCUGUCCGCUUCAGCAAAAAAGAGAAGAAAUAAUAAAUGUGCAGUGUUAGACGAUGAUAAAGACGACCGUUACUUUGAACGUCGGAAACGCAACAACCUAGCUGCCAAAAGGUCUAGAGAUGCUCGCAAGAUGCGAGAAGAGCAGAUCGGAAUGCGUGCGAGUUUCCUAGAAAAGGAAAAUGCGAUGCUACACGCACAGUUGACGACUUUGAGAGAAGAAGCGAACGCUCUUCGUCAGUUACUUUCCCAAAGAACAAUGAUGACAUCUCCCCAUCAUCAACUUGGACCGGGACCACAACAAGGCCUGCCUCAGCAUUAACCCACAAUCUUUUAGGAUAUUGACCUUUAUAAAUUACAGUAUAUUUCAAAAAGAGUUAUAUUGGAAGUUGUGAUGAACAUCUCAAAAUACUGUUGUUAAAUUAUAGCGGUGACUAUUGUGGCAGCAACAGUCGAAUGACGCAAGUUCGCCAAAAGAUAGACCCGCUAUUUUUUUGCACAUUACGUUGUGUCCAUGUUAAAUCUAUUCUAUAGUCCUAACACUAAACGGUUUUUAUGUUUAAAUGACAAGAACGUUUUAUUAUUAAAGAUGUUCUCCAGCACAACUUGUGCAAUACCAGGACCUAAAUAGAAAAUGCAGCUGAUUUGUGGGUUUUUUUUUUUUGGGGGGUUUUUUAAUUUGAGUACUAUAAACAUUUCGGUAAAAUAUCAUUGGUUCUGACAGAAAUACACGGUACGGUAUCAACUAUUUGGCAUGUCUGAAUGAAAAACAAGCUAAGAUGUGGGGUUUAUAAUACUCAUUUCUUCAUUAGUGUUAAUAAAAUUAUGUUCGAGUAUUGGUUUAAGCAAAAUAAACAAAACGUGGUAUGUACUAAUUAAGGUAAUUAUACAAAUAAACAUUCAUUUCUGAAUUAAUUUUGUCUGAAAUGUUUGUCUUGUAUAUAUAUCAACCAUGCGAAUAUCUGCAAAUUAAAUUUACCAAAAAACUUCGGUAAUCGGUAAUAAUGUAUCUUGUAUGUUUGAAAGUAGUACAUUUUUUAAUGUAAAAGCUAAACUGCGGGGUCAACAAUAAUAGGCAUGCCUAUCAAAGCUACAGUAAACGAAAACCUACUCUGGUAGAUUAAGGAAAAGAUACUCAAAGGGAUAUGUAGGCUACAAAUUAAGAUAUAAAAAUAUAACAAUCUGAAUUAAAUUCCUCUGAAAUGUAUGUCUUGAUCCAAAAUGCAAUAAUCUACAGAUAUUAAGUAUGUUUAUUUAUCUGUAAUAUUAGCCCUGCAUGUAUUAUUAAUACAAUACCGUAUUAAACUUAUAACUGUAAAUAUUUAAAGGGAUGAUUAAAAAAUAAUUAUCCUUACGACCCAUUAUUACCUUCAUGCCUAUGUUAUUGUUGAUAAAUGUAGAAUUAGGUAUUUCUUUUCGACUUUUUUUUUUAUUAAAUUGCAUUUUUUAGUUUCAUCUCAAAACGGAAACGAACGCUUUAUCAUUAAAUUUAAUUUAGACUAUUUUUUAAAUGGUACAGGUCUCCCUCCAUUUAAAGACCACCUCCAAUAUAAAACCACUUGAGUGGCCCCAAAUGAACAAAUGUCUUUUAUCUUUAUUAUUCUAAUUGGAGACCAAAGCUGCGAAGACCAUAAAAAUAUGUCCCAAUUAAAAGUUGUCUUUAAUGGAGGGAGGCCUAUACCUAUAUAUUGGUGGAAUGGUCGCUUUUAGAUAACCACUGUCUAUUUAUGGUGGUUUAAAAAAAUCGUAUAGUAUUUUCAGAAGCGUCUAAUGUCUCGCUAUAUUUAAACAUUAUGGUAAAGAAAUGAUCAAUGAUUUAUUUACCAUUUCGAAACAUAUCUUGUAUGCAUGAGUUACUGUAAUUUAAAGUACAGUAGUGUUUAUUUUUGAAGAAUCGUCUUUGUGUUAGCUGUGUGUAAUACAGUGAUAUAAUUUGUAUCUGAAAUUAAUAGUACAUACGAUUAAAGUUCAAUAAUGAAUGAAAUAAUAACCAAAUAUUUAGAAUUUAUUCCUUUACUUUUGGUUACUAUUGAAAUAUGUUAUUUUAGCAUCAGUCUACGAUGUAUAGAAAGUACAAAUAAAAUUGCACGCAAAUGACCA